CACAGCUCUGCUGUCAUUCCUCAAGAUCAUCAAGAUGAAACUGCUCACACCACCACGAAGACAUCUGACCUGCAGUCUCAUGCAUUACAAUGUGCACUCACAAGCUUGCAAUAAUGUUUCAUACGAAUUACCAAAAGGGCCUUCUAUAAUUGGAAAGUCAUGUACAUUUGUGUAUUUUUACAGUUUGUUACGUAGCUGUAUAUUCUCUGUUUUGUCAGAAUUAGUUACCUGCUUGCUGUACAUAAGCAGCCUCCCCUUGUAAGUGCAGACACACAGAAAUACGAAUGCAAUUCUUCUUUCCCACAAAAUCUUCCUCUGUUCUUAUUCCUUCUUUUAGCUAAUUACUCUGCAAGUCCAACCUGCAUUCUCCUUUACUUACAUGGUAUCAAGAGCCAGGGAGUAAAAAAAAAAACAACACUCUUCUUCAAUGACUACUGAAUCACCUCGUUUUCUUGAUUUCAAUAACCCCACCAACCCAUACAGACUUGACCAUGGUGAUAAUCCUUCCCUCCCCUUAGUUCCAGACCUUCUUACCAUCGAAAAUUAUACUACCUGGUCCAGAGCCAUGUGCAGAGCUUUGCGUGCCAAAAAUAAACUUGGGUUUAUUGAUGGCACCUUCUCCAAACCUAAAGAUCCAAAGGACCCUUUACAUGAAGCAUGGGAACGUUGCAAUGACCUGGUUGUAUCCUGGCUUCACAACUCUAUCAACCCAGCCUUCAAAUCAAGCAUUGCCUUGGUGGAUGAUGCUCAACAAAUCUGGAAUGAACUUAAAGAUCGAUUCACCCAACAAAAUGGCCAUCGUAUCUUCCACUUGAAGAAAGCUUUGACAGGUUUGCAACAAGACAGUGAUUCUGUCAAUACCUAUUUUGGUAAGCUUAAAACCCUAUGGGAUGAGCUCCUUAUAUAUGAACCUAUGCCUGCUUGUACAUGUGGUCAGCUUGCUGUUUUAAUUGAUCAUUAUCAACGAGAUUGUGUUAUACAAUUUCUCAUGGGUCUAAAUGCAACUUAUAAUGUAACCCGAGACCAAAUCAUGCUUAUGGACCCAUUACCACCCAUCAACAAAAUUUUCUCAAUGAUUCAACAGCAAGAAAUACAACACUCUAUGCUAUCUAGUCUACCAUCCCCUGAUUCCAUGGCUCUUGCCAUAAAACAACCUCACUUCAACUACAAAUCCUUUUCCAAAACAUCUCAACCACCAAAGCGUGACAGACCUUAUUGUUCUUACUGCAAAAUUUCUGGACACUUACUUGAUAAUUGUUUCAAAGCUGGCAAUGCCCAACCCCCAACUUGCACACACUGUCAUAUGACAGGACAUAUAGCAGAAAAAUGCUAUAAAAAGCAUGGUUAUCCUCCAGGCCAUAAGUUGCAUGACAAAAAUAAACCAUACCACCAUACAUCUGCCAAUAUGACAUCCCUCGAGCCAGACUCUUCACCAGAAAAUACAUUAACCUUCACCAAAGAUCAGUACCAGCAGAUUUUAUCUCUAUUGCAGUCAAGAGAAGCUACCAUUGCCAAUCAUUCAAUCAACACAGCCAUGACAGAUUGUAAUUCUUCCCCUGCCAUGAAUGGACCUUUUGUCAUGGACCACGAUUGGCAUGGGUGAGAUGAAGGAUGGACUUUACACUUUGCUUACUGCCUCAGUGUCUCCAACUGCUCUCCUUGACUACUUCUCCACUUAUCUACAUAAACAGAUUUCUGUUUUUUCUAUUUCCAAAAGUGUUGCUCACAUUUCAGAUAUUUGGCAUUGUAGACUGGGUCAUACACCCAUUUCAAAGCUCAAUGUAAUUCCAGAUAUUUUAAUCAAGAAUCACACAUUUACUAUCUCU